AUGGCUGUGCUUAGCUUUGUGAAUGUCGCCCUCUUGGGGGUUGGGUAUAUUGCUUUUUGCGCUUUGUGGCAGAUUGUUCGGUAUCGCUUUUUUCAUCCUCUCAGCAAAUUUCCUGGGAAUUUCUGGGGGAGUGUUACGAGGCUUUGGAUCACGUAUCAUAAUGUCAAGGCUGAUGAAUGUGCGACGUUCCAAGAGCUUCACAAGAAGCAUGGACCUGUUAUCAGGAUUACUCCUACUAUGCUGCUCGUCAGCGACGCAACGCAACUUCCCAAGAUUUACAACCGUCACGCGAACAAGUCAAAGCACUACAUCACCGGAAGUUUUGGCAAAGAUGAAUCCCUCUUCAACAUGCAAGAUUCGGUCAUGCAUGCCAAAUACAGAAAGAUUGCAGCUCCUCUCUACAGCUUAACCAACAUAAAAAAGAUGGAACCGUUAAUUGACUCCAACAUCGAGAAUUGGAUGGCUCGUCUGCAGCGAGAAUUCGCCUCCACCAACAAAGCAUUCGACUUUGCGCCUUGGGCCGUGUUCAUGGCUUAUGACAUCAUUUCAGAAGUUGGCUUUGGUGCUCCCUUUGGGUUUGUCAAGGAGGGUAAGGAUGUUGAAGGUCUUAUUCAGGGCUUUCAUGAUGGUCUUACACCAUUCGGUAUCAUGGCGAGGCUGUAUCCUUUUACAAACUGGGUCAAGAGUACUUUCUUGGGCAAGUACAUGGUUGCUAGUCCAGAGCAGGAUUCUGGCAUUGGCACUUUGAUGAGAUUUCGCGAUCGCUUGAUUGAUCAGCGUUUCAAGGAUAUUGAGAAUGGUGCGACAAACGGACGUAUUGACUUGCUUCAAACGUUUAUUGAGGCCAAGGAUGAAGAUGGCAAUCCCUUGGACAUCAACUACAUCAAGGCAGAAAUUCUUCUCGUCCUUCUAGCCGGCGCUGAUACAACAGGAACAGCCUUCCAAGCCAUGAUGAUCCAUAUCCUCACCAACCCAUCCGUCUAUAAGAAGCUCAUCACCGAACUUGACGACGCCACUGUCGCUGGUAAACUCUCCGAGAUGCCCCAGUACGAUGAAGUCGUCGAGCACUGCCCCUACUACAUCGCCUGCGUCAAAGAAAGCAUGCGUCUCAACCCCUCUGCACCAAAUAUCUUCCCUCGCAUCGCUCCUCCAGGCGGUCUUGAAAUCUGCGGCCAAUUCGUCCCCGAGGGUACAGAAGUUACAUGCAACCCAUGGCUCGUGCACCGAGACCCCAACAUCUACGGUGAUGACGCUGAGGUCUUCAAGCCUGAGCGUUGGUUAGAUGAGGAUAAGGCCAAGGUUUACAACAAGUAUAGCAUGGGCUUUGGAUAUGGUGCUAGAGUUUGUCUGGGCCAGGAUGUUGCACGUAUGGAGCUAUACAAGGGCCCUUUGCAGUUCUUGAGGAGCUUCAAGGUUGACUGGGUUGAUGAGACGAAUAGGGGAACAUAUGUUGUCAAGGGUGGCAAUGUGUUCAAAAGCGUGAUGUUUAUAUUGUUGGUGUUGGAAGAUUUGAGAAGUAGUAUUGUUAAAAAUGCGAUGCUUGACAUAACCGUCGUCGCAGUCGUCAAGAAGAGCAAGUCAUUUUGCGGGUCCUUUUGCACAAAGGCAAGUACAACGUAG